UUUCAGGACUUGGCCGAGACACAGUUCAAAGUAUUGGAUUCUUUCAGGACUACAUUCAAAUUCAAAACACUAUUUUACCUGCUAAAAUCCAUGUAGUAAAAGACUAUAUGAUUCCUCUUGAUGCCAUUAUUGGAAUAGACUUUUUGCAACAAACUCGAUUUACAUUUGGUAAAGAUGGUAUUCAUCUAUGUAACAAUAAUAAUGAUCAAAUUUUUGUUAAUGUUGCUAAUGUUACUCAUGAUGACAUAUUUACACCUGAUCUUUCACACAUCUCAAAAUCUGAAAUUCGUGAGGAAGUUCAACAUAUCAUUACACCUCACAAACCACACGAAGUUAACACUGCUAUGGAAAAUUUUCAGAAAAUAACAGAAAAUGAAAUUCAGUUGAAGAAAACAGUUAAGGAAAAUGAUAAUGAUGAUGCACAUGACGAUUCAGAAUUGGAUUUAGAUGAUGACACUUUGAAUUUGGAUGAUCAUGAUGACAAAGAUGAUGCUGAUACCAAUCAUGGAGCUCAUGACGAUGAUGUUGAUGAAGAUUAUGAUGGCGCAGACGACGACAUGGAUCAAGAUCAUGAUAUUGAUGAUGACGACAAUCAUGACGCUAAUGGUGCUGCUGAUGAUGAUGAUGGCACUCAUGAAGCUAAUGAAGAUGAUGUUAAUCAUGUUGAUCAAGAUGACGUUGCUGUUGUUGAUGAAGAUCAUGUCAAUGAAGAUGAUGUUGAUGACAACGACGAUGAUGCUGAUGACAGUCAUGAAGCUAAUGAUUAUGAUGAUCUCGUUAAUGAUCCAAACGUGCAGAAUACUGAAGAAACUGUGAAAAAUAAACUGAAUUGGUUUGAACAAGCAUGAGCUGAUCAAGCAAACGAGAAAACACCUGCU